AUGACCUUGUCUGUGUCAUUCUCACAGGAUGUUCCAAUCGUCAUUGUGGGUGCUGGCCCAGUCGGAAUGAUUCUUGCAUAUCAGCUGGACCGCCUGGGUGUGCCCUGUAUUCUUGCUGAGAGGUCCGUUGAAAUCAGCAAAUGGCCCAAGCUGGACUUGACCAAUCGCAAAUCCAUGGAACUUUUCCGCAUUCUGGGAAUUGCCGAGGAAUAUCGAGGACUAGAGGGCAGCGUGAGCCCGGACGCGACUUUUGAUACUCAAUUUGCGACCAAGCUGGAUGGCAAGGGACAUUUAUUGGCCAAUUGGAAAUUGCCUUCAUCGAAUGGCCAAAGAGAACACAUCCACAAAACAAAUGAUGGCACACAGUGCGCAGAGGCCGGCCAGAGAUGCAUGCAGCCAGUUUUCGAGACCUGGUUGAGGAAGAAGCUGCAAACAAAGGACAACAUCUCAUGUAAAUUUGGAUGGACCUAUCUUGUUCACGCCGAAGGAGAUCAAGGUGUCAGUACGACAUUUGUCGAUCAAAAUAGCGAGCAUCAUGUCUUGCAUAGCAAGUAUCUGAUUGCGUGUGAUGGUGGUGGGAGCCGAAUCCGCAAGAGGGCACGCAUUCCGAUGACUGGUGGUCAAAUGCCCCUGAGAAUGCAUCUUGUUCAUUUCCGGUCGCGACAGUUUGCCGAAGAGCGGUCAUUCGGAAAAUACUGGCAUACCUUCUGCUCUCACGGCGGAGUGAUUCUCGACCAGAACGAUGACGACAUGUUUACUGCUCAUCUCCCGACACACCUGCUCCCCGAGGGCCCAGUUGACCCUGCAGAAGUUGUAUACCGCAUCAUGGCCCCUGCAGGCGAGCGACAUGAAAUUAAAAUCGACGAAAUCUACGCCCACAGCGAAUGGGCGCCCAACUUUAGCAUUGCUAAUCAAUACUACACGGAUGGGAUGAAAGUGAUUCUUGCAGGUGACUCUGCCCACCGCAUGCCUCCGCACGGUGGAUAUGGCAUGAACAGCGGGGUUGUCGACGCCGUUGAUCUUGGCUGGCGCCUUGCUGCAAUCGUUAAGGGGUACGGCGGCGAGCUUCUCCUCAAAUCCUACAAUAUGGAGAGGAGACCCAUGCAGAUCCGGACGCUGGAAAGAGCCCAUCGUCAUAUCAUGGAACACAUCAAAUUGGCACAGAUGUAUCCGCAGGAUCGCAACCCGGUCGAUGACGAUACAGACGAGGGAAGAGACCUGCGCGCUCGCGUGGGUAAGUUCCUUGAAGAAUCAGGCCCCGAAACUGAGGACCGGGGAGUCGAAUUGGACCUCCGUUACCAUUCACCUACUAUUUAUCAAGACGGUACCCCCGAGCUCGAAUGGACGCCCGACCGGUAUCGUCCCAGCACUCGCCCUGGAUCUCGAGCUCCCCAUGUGUUCUUGAAAGAUGGAAAAACGAGCAUUUACGACUUGUUUGGCCGUGAAUGGACUUUAAUUCAUUUUGUGGAUGAUGAGACCGAGAGUAUAAAUAGAGAGCCUGCCAGUGACCGCAUUGUCGCGGCAGCAGCCAGGCUCAAGAUCCCUCUUUCGCGUGUUGUCAUCAAGAACGAGCCCCAUGUUCGACGAAUUUGGGAGCGAAACAUGGUGAUUGUCCGCCCAGACACACAUGUAGCCUGGAGAGGAGACAACAUCUUCGACCUUAAUGUCGAUGAAGUCUUGCAAGUCAUUUCGGGUCAAAAGGAAUUCAGCAGGUUCCAGCCAUCCCAGGCAUCGGCAGAUGCCGAAAAAAGAUUCUCUGCUCUCGUCAAAGGAAUCACUGACGGAGUGACGGGCGGUGCGACAAUUGCUCAAGAUGACAUUGCAUGA